AUGUUCACGACAUGGAGUGCUUGGAACUGCAAAAGAAUUAAGGGGCAGACAUUUCCAUGGGCGAAAUGGGUUUGGAAUCCGGCUGUUCCAAGGAAAAUCUCAAUGACUAUGUGGAAAGCAAUGCAUGAAUGUCUCCCUCUGGAUGACCGUGUGAGGAGGAUUGGCAUUCUAGUAGUGUCAAGCUGUGAUUGUUGUCUUGUUUGGGUUGGUGAAGAUGUAGAUCACAUAUUUGCCAAAGGUGGAUAUACGGCAGAAAUGUGGCGGAGGUGCUCCUUAGUCUUGGGUAUACCGAGGUUGGAAGGUAAGCCAUGGAAAGAAAGGGUUGCUUGUUGGCACAGAAAAGCAAGUGAUUCUUUGUUUAGUGGGCAGUUACUUGGAUUACUGCCGUCGAUCUUAAUAUGGCGCUUGUGGGGCCGUUUGUGCAAGGCGAGAAUGGAGGGAGUGGCGGAACCUGCCCAGUCAGUUUGGUGCUCUAUCCGGCUUUGGAUAUCUUGGGCAGCUUUGAAAAUAAAGGAAGUCAAAGGUCUCACUCAAAGGGAUGAAGAUGUGUUACGCUGUUUCAAGUUGCCUUGUCCUUCGACGCAAGAGAAAGUUGCAACUACUGCCAAGCGGAAUCCUCUUAAGGAGGGUUGGGUGAAACUAAAUAUUGAUGGGUGUUCAUUAGGGAAUCCUGGUGAUGCAGGGGCUAGAGGGAUUAUAAGAAAUUCAACUGGUGAGUUUAUAAGCGGGUUUGCCGUCACUGCCAUCACUCGAAUAAUUUUGCAGAAGUAA